UUUGAUCUGUUGCGGCACCGGGGAGUCCUAUUGCCCGCCUCCAAACUCCGACUCGCCUUGGGUCAGGCAGACUUAAACAGCGUCUCGUCUCAGUUAUAGGGUUUUGGCCUUCACGUGCAGUUCUACCCUGCGACGUCGUUCGCGAUCUGCGCGAGGUACCCGUAAUCCUGCACUACGCGUCUGUGUGUUGCCCGCCGUCAUAAAAUUCUCUGUGGGUUUUUAAUUAUGGAGCUUGCAGACCAAUUUCGGAGCAAGGCGACUUCAGCCAUUUCUCGGACUGAGGAACUGACGUUUUAGAAUCGCACAGUCUGGGCGCCAUGGUGACCCUCCUGUGGAUGGGCGUGUCCCUGCUGCUGCUGGCGCAGGUGGGCGGGGCCUUGCGGAACUGCCACCCGGGCUGCCGCUGCGAGGUGGAGAGCUUUGGCCUGUUCGACAGCUUCAGCCUGACCAGGGUGGACUGCUCCGGGCUGGGCCUGGGGGAGGCGGCCCGCCCCGUCCCCAUCCCGCUGGACACCGCCCACCUGGACCUCUCGUCCAACGCCAUCCGCUCCCUGUCCGCCGCCCUGCUCUCAGGCCCCGGCUACACCACGCUGGUCAGCCUGGACCUCAGCUACAACCUGAUCGGCGCGGCGGACGCUGACGCCUUCUCGCGGCUGCGCUACCUGGAGACGCUGGACCUGAGCAACAACGCGCUGGAGAGCCUGCGGGACGGCUGCUUCUCCGGCCUGCCGCUGACCGAGGUGGACCUGAGCGGGAACCGGCUGGCCGAGCUCCGGCUCGCCGUCUUCUCCGCCAAGGGCCAGGGGGGCCGCCCGCUCAGCGUGGACGCGUCCGGCAACCAGCUGACGGCCGUGACGCGGGGGGCCGGGGGCGGGGCGCCCGAGCUCCAGAGCCUGACGCUGGCGGGGAACCGGCUGAGCGCCGUGCCGGACGCCCUGAGGGGCACGGGCCUCCGGUACCUCAACCUGGACGCCAACCCCGUCGCCGAGUUCGGGGAGGGCGCCUUCGCCGGGCUGGGGGAGCUGACGCACCUGUCGCUCGCCGGCCUGGAGGAGCUGCGCGCCGUCCGGCCCGGGGCUUUCCGGGGCCUCCCGAACCUGCAGGUCCUGGACCUGUCGGGCGCCCCGCGCCUGACGGAGCUGGACCCGGAGGUCUUCGGCGGGCUGGGCGCCCUGCAGGAGCUCAACCUGUCGCGCUCGGGCGUGGCCUCCCUGCCCGAGAGCAUCCUGAGCCACCUGCCCAGCCUGAGGAGCGUCACGCUGGGGGCCGACGUGCACUGCUGGAAGACCCAGCGGCAGGGCCAGUUCCACAGGCAGCUCGGCCAGGCCAAGAGCGACCAGGUGCUCACCUGCAACGUGGCCGCCCCCGCCGCCGUCGUCUUGUGAGGUCGACGGGGGGGGGGGGGGGGGGUCGCGCUAACGAGAGGGACCCAGAUCUGUGCCUUUUUUCUUCCCCCAAAUCGCUCUUACGCUGAAGAAAGUAACUUAUUUUUUUUUUGUUCCAUUCCUGCAAAACUUGAGCAUUACCUUGUGUGAUGUAACGUUUAUGCGUAAUUCCACAAAGACAAAAAAAAAUGUAUCUUUGCACAUAUUCCCUUAGGCCAACACACCUCCCUGGUGUUGCUCAGAGUUACGGUUUCACUGAACCCAGAAAACAAAUCAUCCAAUACACAUUAUGGGCGCUCUGGAGGAAGGGGAUCCCACGUCAUAAAUAUUGAAUGUCAAGCAAUCACGGUUGCACACAAUUUUUCUUAAUGUGAAACACGCACGUUGAUGUUUGUUUAUUAAGCCCAGAACUGUAACAGUAUUAAUUUAUUGACAAGUUCAUCAAACUUGUUUGCUACAAUGGAGAGCAGUGUGCACACACAAAAACUUUUUUUUUUUGAUCAAUGUAACCAAUCCUUCCAAAAUAGAAUAACAGAACCUUUUUUUAAGUGAAAUGCGUAUUUCCACUGAAGCAAGUUUAAGAGCGGGAGUUGUGAAUAAUGCACUAAACACCAAGAAUCUGUGGCAUUUCCAGAACAUUUUUGUUACAGUUGCAUCGACUGUAAGCACGGCAUAUCAAGAGCACUCGGUGUAUGAGUCGCUUGCUUGCGUUCAUUUAGCAUACCUAUACCCGUUUGUAGCGCUAACCACUGCACCCUUUCUCCAGCCUUAGGACUGUGUUAAUAUUGCAAGUGUUCCUUCACAAAUGAUUGGGUUACUGGUCUGUACAAGAAAAAAAAAAAACAAUGGUAAUGUAAGCGUAGCAGAAUAAGCCACA